GCGUAAGUUUCUUCCGGGUCAUUGACAGAAGCAUCAAUUCCUGGGAGUAGUUCGUUGGUUUUCUUUCCCUUCAUCCUUUUGCCUGUUCCCGGCGAGGGGUGGCUUUGAUUUCGGCGAUGAGCUCCCAGAAAGGCAACGUGGCUCGUUCCAGGCCUCAGAAGCACCAGAAUACGUUUAGCUUCAAAAAUGACAAGUUCGAUAAGAGUGUGCAGACCAAGAAAAUUAAUGCAAAACUUCAUGAUGGAGUAUGUCAGCGCUGUAAAGAAGUUCUUGAGUGGCGUGUAAAAUACAGCAAAUACAAACCAUUAUCAAAACCUAAAAAAUGUGUUAAAUGUUUACAAAAGACAGUGAAGGAUUCUUAUCACAUAAUGUGUAGACCAUGUGCCUGUGAACUUGAAGUUUGCGCAAAAUGUGGAAAGAAAGAAGACAUUGUUAUUCCGUUGAAUAAAGAAACAGAAAAAAUAGAACAUACUGAAAAUAAUCUAAGUUCCAACCAUAGAAGAAGCUGCAGAAGAAAUGAAGAAAGUGAUGAUGAUUUAGAUUUUGAUAUUGAUUUAGAAGACACAGGAGAACAUCAAAUGAAUUAAUAUCACUGUAUUAAAAGUCAGCCGGGCACAGUGGCUCAUGCCUGUAAUCCCAACACUUUGGGAGGCCAAAGCGGGUGGAUCACCUGAGGUCAGGAGUUCGAGACCAGCCUGGCCAACAUGGCGAAACCCCGUCUCUACUAAAAAUACAAAAAAUUGGCUGGGCAUGGUGGCUUAUGCCUGUAAUCCCAGCUACUCGGGAGGCUGAAGCAGGAGAAUUGCUUGAACCCAGGAGGCAGAGGUUGAAGUGAGCUGAGUUCGCGCCAUUACACUCCAGCCUGGGUGACAGAGCGAGACUCUGUCUCAAAAAAAAUAAAAUAAAAAGUCAAUUUAAGAAUGUGAAAUUCUGACCACCUUUUGGCUUUGAGUAUUUUCCAAAAGAUUUUUGAAAUCCUAAUGAGGAAAUCAGAAAAAGCUAUGGAAAAAUAGAAAAAUUUCAUACAUGAACAAUAUAAAUUGUGUAUAUUACUUAAUAUCAAACUAAACAAGAUUCAGAAUUGAUGGUUGUAUAAGAACUAGCUCAUGUAAAAAUAAGAUGACAUUAUUACAUUGCCUCAAAAAUUGGUCCUCAGUAAGUGCCUUUUGGUAAAUGAUCUCAGAUAAAUGACUCAUAGCAAAAGCCCUGUCACUUAUGUUUAAUUGUUACAAAGUAAAAGCAAUUUUUUCAAAAUAAUAAUGUUUAACAAGCGUAUACCAAUUCUGCUUUGUAUUUUUAUAUAUUUCAUCACAUUUUAACCUUUUUCUCUUGUGAAAUGUACAUACAGAAAAAGUGCAUAUAAUUUAUACACUUUAUAAUAAGUGUAUGCAUUUUUUAUAAUAAUUAUAAAGGAAAGUUCAUGCAUUGACACACCUCAGUGAGGAAACUGCCAGCAUCAGGACACCCCAGUGAGGCUCUCCCUCAGCAAAAGUUCAUCUUUCUUCCCAUAGUUGGCACUAUUCUGAAUUUUGAUCAUUACUGUCUUAAUUUUUUUACUACCCAUGUUUGUACUCCUAAACAAUAUAAAUUAGCUUGGUCUGGGUUUUUUUUUUUUUGACUCUUCUUUUAAUUUUUUUAUUAUGUUUUUUAUUUUUUUAAUUUUAUUUUAUUAAUUUUUCUGAGACAGAGUUUCACUCUUGUUGCACAGGCUGGAGUGCAAUGACGCGAUCUCGGCUCACUGCAACCUCCACCUCCUGGGUUCAAGCGAUUCUCCUGCCUCAGCCUCCCAAGUAGCUGAGAUUACAGGUGUCUGCCACCACGCCCAGCUGAUCUUUGUCUUUUUAGUAGAGACGGGGUUUCACCAUGUUGGCCAGGCUGGUCUUGAACUCCUGACCUCAGGUAAUCCACCUGCCUCGGCCUCCCGCAGUGCUGGGAUUACAGGUGUGAGCCAACAUGCCAGGCCAUAUUUUUUAUUUUUUAUUUUACUUUUUUUUUUUUUUUUUUGAGAUGGAGUCUCGCUCCGCUGCCCAGGUAGAGUGCAGUGGCAUGAUCUCGGUUCACUGCAGCCUCCACCUCCCGAGUUCAAGUGAUUCUCCUGCCUUAGCCUCCCUAGUAGUGGGGACUGCAGGCCUGUGCCACUACGCCUGGGUAAUUUUUGUAUUUUUAGUAGAGACGAGGUUUCACCAUGUUGGCCAGGUGGUCUCGAACUCCUGGCCUCAAGCGAUCCACCCACCUUGGCCUCCUGAAGUACUAGAAUUACAGACAUGAGCCUCCACAUCUGGCUCAUAGUUUGUUUUUUCUAACGUUGAGAGACAUUUGAGUUAUCUCAAAUUUUUCCUGUUACAAUACUAGCAUGAGCAUUGUUACAUGUGUCUCAUGAUAGACCUGUGCAUUUCUGUUAGGUAUGUAUCUAGCAGUGGUAGAGGGAAUCAGGUCAAUGCAUCUUCACUUUUACUAUGUAAAACAAAACUUUUCCCGAGAGAUUUUAUCCCCUUGUUCAUAGAAAUGGAUUAGAAUUUCAGCGCUCUGCAUCCUUUCUAACACUUGGUAUCAGACUUUUAAAUUUCUGCCAGUUGAAUAUGUGUGCAAUAGUAUCUCUUUGUCUUAAUAAUUGUAUUUCUAAUUACAAAUAAGCUUGAGCCCCUUUUUGUGUUUAUUGGCUAUCUCACUUUUGAUAAUAGGUGAUAUUAGGGAAUCAUUUAAGUGGAAUGUUAUUUUAGAAAUCCAUACUGAAAUACUUAAGGAUGCAAUACUAAUUUACUGUAGCCCAUUUCAGCAUAAAAAAAGUGCAGACAUAGAUAACAUUUCAGUGACAUCAGAAAAUAUUACCUGGGAAUACAUCAAAAAGUAUUCAAGAACUCUGUCAACAAAAAUAUAAAAUCUUAUCAAGGCAUUAAAGAAAGUGGAGGCUGGGUGAGUUGGCUCAUGCCUGUAAUCCCAGCACUUUCGGAGGCCAAGGCAUGCAGAUCACCUGAGGUCAGGAGUUUGAGACCAACCUGCCCAACAUGGUGAAACCCCAGCUCUACUAAAAAUAACAAACUAGCCGGGUGUGGUAGCAGGUGCCUGCAAUCCCAGCUACUCGGGAGGCUGAGGCAGGAGAAUCGCUUGAACCCAGUAAGCAGAGGUUGCAGUGAGCCAAGAUCGCGCCAUUGCACUCCAGCCUGGGUGACAAGAGCAAGACUCCAUCUCAAAAAAAAAAAAAAGUGGAGACAAAAAUGAAUAGAAAUACUAUCUUCAGAAUUUGAAAGUCUCAGUAUUCUAAACAUAUAGCCUGACUGAAAGAAAUGUUGUGUCCCACUGGGCGCGUUGGCUCGCGCCUGUAAUCCUAGCACUUUUGGAGGCCAAGGCGGACGGAUCACCUGAGGUCGGGAGUUCAAGACCAGCCUGACCAACACAGAGAAACCCCAUCUCUACCAAAAAUACAAAAUUAGCCAGACCUGGUGGCGCAUCCCUGUAAUCUCAGCUAGUCCGGAGGCUGAGGCAGGAGAAUCACUUGAACCCAAGAGGCAGAGGUUGUGGUGAGCCAAGAUAGCGCUACUGCACUCCAGCCUGGGGAACAAGAAGGAAACUCUGUCUCAAAAGAAAGAAAUUUUCUGCCCAUAAAUUUGUGUGGCUUUCCUUUCUUGCAUAUAAACUUAUUUUCUGGACUAUUUAACUUUUGUGAUUAAGGAGCCAACUAAAGUCUUAUUGGACCUACCAUAAAUUCUUUCCCAUGUGAAUGAAUACUAAUUCCUAAGAUGACUUUACCAGGAAAAAAAUUUAACAAAGAGCAUCACCUAGUGACAUACAUUAAUAGCUGCAUUCAUUCCUUAGUGCUAAGAAAGAUUGUUUUGUAUUUUAAGCAGACUUCAUUAUAUUUAGUUCCUUUACAUUUAUUUUUAGGAAUUAACCCUUCUAGUCCAAAAGCUGUUUGUAUCAUAACAUACAGAAAUGAGAUGAAGGCUUUGUUUUGUUUUAAUGAAAUGAAUCACUUUAAUAUAGUGCAUUGAUUUGUUGCACCUUGAUAUCUGGCAGGAGGAUAUCAAGACUGCAUUCACAUAUUCUGAAAUAUUACAGUGCUUUGUUAUAGAAGUGCCAAAGCUCUGAUCAUAAAACUUGUAUGAGGAGCUUUUAAGAAAAUUAUUGGCCGGGCACGGUGGCUCAUGCCUGUAAUCCCAGUACUUUGGGAGGCCGAGGCGGGUGGAUCAUGAGGUCAGGAGAUCGAGACCAUCCUGGCUAACGUGGUGAAACCCCGUCUCUACUAAAAAUACAAAAAAUUAGCCGUGUGUGGUGGCGGGCGCCUGUAGUCCCAGCUACUUGUGAGGCUGAGGCAGGAGAAUGGCAUGAACCCGGGAGGCGGAGAUUACAGUGAGCCGAGAUCGCGCCACUGCACUCCAGCCUGGGUGACAGAGCGAGACUCCAUCUCAAAAAAAAAAAAAGAAAAUUCUUAUUCCUGGGAUAUUGUGGUUCAUUUGGUCUGGAAUAUAGCCCAGGAUUUUUUUUUUUCCAACUCCUCAGGUGAUUCUGAUCAUCAACUGUAACAAAUACAAUUAGCUGCAUAUGGCAAAAAGCCAUUCCCGUGCCCAUUUACUUCUCUACAUAACUAGAAUAUAGUACCCCCGUUGUCACGUUUUCUCUUUCACAAUCUCUCUUGCAACUAGGAGUACCCAGCAUAUGAGGGGAAUCUGCUGAGACAAUCUGGGAAAGACUUACCUCACUGACAAGAAGAAAGCACUUUUCUAACAGGCUGUUUCUACCUGAAUAUGAUUGUGAGGAAAUAUGAUGUCUAGAGCUUGCAGCCAUGAUAGGGAUACCAAACGAGCUGCAGAGACAGUGAUCCAGAGCCCUGACAUUGUGAAGCUGCUAAACUAACGAGCCCUGGGCUCACCCACCUCUAGAAUUCUUGUAAGAUAAUUACAUGUCCAGAGCUUUUUCAAGCACCCAUAUCUGUAAAAAAAAAAAAAAAUGUUUUUAAAUAGUUUCUUUUGUUGUAAAAAAAAAAAGUUAAUUACAUGUCUCAUUAGACAUUUAAUGCAUAAGCUGUUGCCAAUUAGAAGUUCUGUUACUUUCAGCCAAAUGCAUUCCCAGCUGAUACCUCAGCAAGUUUUAUAACCCUAUUUUAUAGCACUUGCGUGCUAUGGCAAAAAGAGAAAGAUCAGUGUAUCAAAAAAUGAUUCAUUAGUAAUGAAGGCUUAUCAAUGUGGUUGUUUGAUUACAUUCUGCCAAAGAAGAAUUGAUAUACCAUGUAUACAAGAUUAUAUAUGUAAGACCUAAAUCUUAUAUAAGAUAGAUCUUAUACAUAUUAUACAUUUAUAAUUUAUAAUGUAAAAUUAAAACUGAUAGAUGUCACAUUUAUGCAAAGUUAUAAAUAUUCCAUGAUCCUAAACUUUUUUUCUUAAGUGAAAUGUGUAACAAUAUUAACCUUUAACACAUCUUUGUCCCUUGUUUUUACCCCUCUUCCUAGGUCUUUUCCUUUCCUUGUAACAUUAAUCCUGUAUUGAAUGAUUUCCCUGUAAUUGUGGCAUAGAAUUUUUUUCUCUCAUAUUAUUCAGAUUUGUCAGCAAUACUGAAUGUUACAGGACCACUUUCCACAAUUUUUACUGGCUACGCUGAUGGAAUCUAGGGGGUUGGAAUUGCUUACUCAUCUCUAUGCUAAUGGAGUCUCACUCUGUCACCCAGGCUGGAGUGCAGUGGCAUGAUCUCAGCUCACUGAAAUCUCCGCCUCCCAGGUUCAAGAGAUUCUCUGGCCUCAGCCUCCCGAGUAGCUAGGAUUACAGAUGCGUGCCACCAUCCCCGGCUAAUUUUUGUAUUUUUAGUUGAGACAGGGUUUCACCAUGUUGGCCAGGCUGGUCUCAAACUCCUGACUGCAGGUGAUCCGCCCAUCUCAGCCUUCCAAAGUGCUGGGAUUACAGGUGUGAGCCAUUGCACCUGGCCUAUAUUUUUUUGUUUAAUCUGUAAGAGUUAUUUAUUUCUUUUGCCAUUAUGAAGAAAAAUCAUAACAUGGGAACAAUGACCUAAAUAACUGAAACAGGAAAUGAAUUGGCCCUGGGGAAAUUGCCGUGACCAGCUGAGGUUAGGAAAGAUGGUCUAGAACAGGACAAAACUGACAUCCCUUAGCAGAGGAUAUUACAACAUGUCCGCAAAGUCAGGAAACAUAAGAUAAAAUGAUUUUUAAAACUAUAUUAUUUACACUUCCAAACAGUGUACUGUACUCAAUAUGUUUUCUGGCUAAGUACUCUAAAUUUAAAGCAAUAGGUCCAAUUGUGACUCUGGAAAAACAUAUAAUGAGUAAUCUGGAAACACAGGGAGAAUAGUAUAUACUUCACCCAAAAACAUUCUGAGCUUACUAUUUAGAAGUGUAACUAAACAGUUACACACUGUUUAAAAAUAAGUUUCCCCUAUGUUUCUCAUCUCUGCAACACUUGUGGCUGCCAGCUGACACAAGGCAGGUGCAGUGUGAGUGGCUGCCAGUGGACAGUGACAAAAACAAGACUUACUGAAACAAACAAGUGUUUCAUAAAUAAUUUGGAAACAAUUUUGGAAUCCCUUUCUUGGCCAUGGAAACAGUACAUUU